CCUCCCCUCUCCCCCCUCCCCCCGGCUCUAGGGAAAACAAGGUUUCCCCCCAGCCAGUCACUUCACUCCCCAAAGGCUCAAGCCCUGCUCUCCCUGUCCUCCCUCCCACCAGGAUCUGCCUUGGAAGUUGCCGCCCAGCGGGCUGGCCACCUCCCCCUCCUCCUCCCCCUGUGCCGCCCCCACCCCUCAGCCCCACUGCUUUCCAGCCGAGGAGACGAACGGCCGCGAAAGCUGGGAGAGGCGGCGGCUCGGGCUCCUCCUCCUCCCGCGCCCGCCGCCGCCGCCGCCGCUGCCCCGGACUUCGCGUCCCGCCUCCCAGUGCAUGCCCUGGAGGGGCUCAGUCCCUGCCUGUCUAGGGCCCGGAGCUGAUCUCCCUCUGGCUCUCUGCGCGUCAGUUUGGGCCCCGGCUCUCUCUCUCUCUCUCUCUCGCCCUCGCCGGAGCCUCCUCUCGCCUUCCCAGCCUCCCGAGGUCUUCACUUUCCUGCGAUGUGAAUCCAGCCGGCAUCGGGGCGGCCUCGGGCUUCCUUGCACUGCGCCCACCCUUGGGUGCGAGCAGUGGAGGCGUUCCGCACUCGCUUCCUCUCAGGCUGGGCAAGUCCGAGGAACCCGCCCGCCUGUGCUGAGGCAUGGAGGCGAAGCGCCCGCCGGGGGACCGCCGGCCCGCCACCCGGCAGCAGCCCCUCUAGCUCUAUGCUACAUGGAGCCUUCCAGGAGGGGGACCCGCUCGCCUUCCCACUCUGCUCGGUGCGGCUGCUGAGAGCUCUCCGUCCUCUGUGAAGUGGACAUCAGGGGCAUCUAUGUUCUUGAGGGAACAGAGUCUCAGCGCAGGCGAAGGCGACGAAGUUUGAGACGCGGGAGGAUGCAGGCUGCGUAUUGGUACGUCCUUCUCCUCUGGCAGCCUACUCUCUACCUGGUCACAUGUGCCAAUCUAACAAAUGGCGGGAAGUCAGAACUUCUAAAAUCUGGAGGUACAAAAUCUACCCUAAAGCACAUCUGGACAGAAAGCAGCAAAGACUUGUCCAUCAGCCGGCUCCUCUCACAGACUUUUCGCGGCAAGGACAAUGAUACGGACUUGGACCUGCGCUACGACACCCCAGAACCUUAUUCGGAACAAGAUCUCUGGGACUGGCUGAGGAACUCCACGGACCUUCAGGAGCCUCGGCCCAGAGCUAAGAGACGGCCCAUCGUCAAGACGGGGAAGUUUAAGAAAAUGUUUGGCUGGGGUGAUUUUCAUUCCAACAUCAAAACUGUGAAGCUCAACCUGUUGAUAACUGGGAAAAUCGUUGACCACGGGAACGGGACCUUCAGCGUCUACUUCCGGCACAAUUCCACCGGGCAAGGCAACGUCUCUGUGAGCCUGGUGCCCCCCACCAAGAUCGUGGAAUUCGACUUGGCCCAGCAGACGGUGAUCGAUGCCAAAGAUUCCAAGUCCUUUAACUGCCGGAUCGAGUACGAAAAGGUGGACAAGGCGACCAAGAACACGCUCUGUAACUAUGACCCCUCCAAGACCUGUUACCAGGAGCAGACCCAGAGCCACGUGUCCUGGCUCUGCUCCAAGCCCUUUAAGGUCAUCUGUAUUUACAUUUCCUUUUAUAGUACCGAUUACAAACUAGUACAGAAGGUGUGUCCUGACUACAACUACCACAGCGACACGCCCUACUUCCCUUCGGGUUGAGCGGGAGCCACUGGGGCUGAGACUGAAGCCUGAGGAGUAAAAGAGGUCAUACGUCAGGGCUGUUACACAAAGGAGAAGAUCACAUCUGGGGCCUGGAUUGUGUCUACGCUGCUGCUGUUGUCCACGGGCUGCCAAGAUCCCAGGGGGACAAUCUGGUGUCAUUUCUGCCCAUCGGCUCCAUUUCUCAGUGUAGUUGUGAAUCACGGCAGGUUUUACAUCGAGUCACCCGAGGAGAACCAUCCACACCCACAGACAUCCAUGUACAUGUACACACACAUUUUGGCUCGCAUCUAUUGGGAUCCCUGGUUAGAGGUCUUUUAAUUCUCUGGGUCGGAAGGUUUUAGAUAAGCAAUCAAAGCAAAAGGGAAUAGCCAGCCAGGGUGGGCUCUGACAGGCACGGGGUGGAGAUUUCCUUCCCAGUCCCGAAUCCAUGUAAAUCCAUCCUUCCCCUCACGCGCUCCUGCUUCGGAUAGCUGCACUGGUAACGAUCCCAUAGGCCUACCUGCUUGUGACACUGGGACGCGUGUCUCCAGAGCUCAGUACUCCUUCCCAAGUGAACCCUCCCACCCAGCAUCCCGUAGGCACAUCCGAGGGGGCCCUAGGAGCCCGCUCCCUGUAAAGAUGAGGAAACCUUUAGAACUUACACGUGGGCGGCUGCGGAGCUCCCGGCUUUUGCCCCGUCCCUGGUCGAGUCUGCUUAGCGACUCCCGAGCCACCGGAUCUCCAGGGGACCGGCCCAGAGACGGGUGCCGUGUAAGUUGUAAGGGGCGGCUUAUCUUUACUCCACACAUUGUAACAAACUCAAUAUCCUAGUCUUCAUUUGUAUGAAUGGUUUGUAUUGUACAUAGUUUAUCCCGUGUUAUUUCAGCAGCUUAUUAAUAUUAACUUGUACUUGUCUCUCUGCUUGUUAUUGGUUAAAAAAGAAAAAGGGAACGAGGAGGAGUCGGAGUCCAUGUUAGCAAUGUAGCUGUAAAUCCACGAGCAAGACAGAACUCUGUACCCAGCACUUACUCAGCUAACGUAUUGUUGGAAGCGAUACAUAUACGCAGCAUUACGGUCUGUCUGUAGUUAGAGUUUUAUUUCUGGACGAAGAUGAGAUGUACAUAGAAAUAAAAUACUUAAAGUUCAAUUUCAA